UUUUGGUGGUGGUAUGCAGUGCAGUAAGUAGUGGUGACUGGUUGUGGUGGUAGCAGCUAUGCGGUCGUGAAAUCCCAGGAUGGUGUGUGGUGGGAUUGGGGGGGUGGUGUGUAGUGUGGUAGAUGAUUUUGAGGUGAAGAAAAACCAAAUGAAGAGGAAGAGAAGAAAUGAGGAUAGUGAGGGCAUAAAAGGCUUUUUAUUAUUGCCUUUAACUUUGUUAGUCAUUCGUUUUAGUCCGAAACCAGAUGGCAGUUAUGUGGUUAUUUUUAUACUGCAGGGAGGUGAUGUGCGAAAAGGCCAAACCACAAGGGGUUAACAGAAGCUAACCUUAAAAUUUUUCUUCCACUUCCAUGAAGCCGAUGGGUUGAGUUGCCACAAAAAUUAUAUUCUGAUAUUGUGAAUGUCUUUCUUAGAAGUAUUUUCCUAGAACAUGAUUUUGCACUUUUUUCAGUCCACAAAAAUAAUUUACGUGAAUUGUAUUGCUUGGGGACUAACUCCAGAAAAUUGCUCUGGCAGACAAUUCAGACCAAGUCUGCCGCAUGGUUUCUGAGUGAUUACUGCAUUUACAUUUUGUUUGCAAUUGCUACUUUAAAUUGGUACCAUAACAUUUGGUGUUCAUUAGUGUUUGGGCUGAUGUGAAGUUGCUCAAUUCCGUAACACCCAUUUUAAUAUGCUCCAUAACAAUUUGAUCAUAUUCUUCCAUUGUUUGGGAAGUGUCCUUCAACUGAGUUUGUGCCUAAAAAUUUUGUGCAGAUAUGCAAUGACAGGACAGUUGACUCAGAAGAGUGAUGUGUAUAGCUUCGGGGUUGUUCUGUUAGAGCUUUUGACUGGAAGGAAACCUGUGGAUCAUAACAUGCCUCGUGGACAGCAGAGUCUUGUCACUUGGGCUACUCCCAGACUGAGCGAAGACAAAGUUAAACAAUGCGUAGAUCCAAAGCUUAAAGGAGAGUAUCCUCCAAAAGGAGUGGCAAAGCUGGCGGCUGUGGCAGCAUUAUGCGUGCAGUAUGAGGCUGAGUUCCGGCCUAAUAUGAGCAUAGUUGUGAAGGCUCUCCAGCCACUUCUGAGGCCACCUGCUCCAACUCCCGAAACUUAG